CCUGAACCAUGGGAAAGGAUACAAUUCUAGUGGUUGUUGACAGGUUAACUAAGUAUGCCCAUUUUGUGGCAUUGGGCCAUCCUUAUACAGCUAAAAGUGUGGCCGAGGUGUUUAUUCAGGAGGUGGUACUAAGCUGAAAUACAGUACUGCCUACCAUCCCCAAACAAAUGGGCAAACUGAGGUGGCGAAGUGGUGAAUCGUUGUGUGGAAACGUAUCUUAGAUGCAUCACUGGUAGCAAACCAAACUAAUGGCCCCAAUGGCUACCUUGGGCCGAGUUCUGGUACAACACAAACUAUCAUGCCUCAUUACAGAUGUCUCCUUUCAAAGCAUUAUAUGGUCACGAGCCUCCAACUGUAAUUCUAGGGGACGCAACAAAAACUGCAGUGGAAGAAGUAACCAAACUUACUGCCGAUCGCAAUGAAAUGAUCAAGGAAUCAAAGCAAAACCUAGAGGUGGCUCAAAAUCGAAUGAAGCAACAGGCAGAUAAAAAGCGUAGGGAUGUGCAGCUGGAGGUGGGAGACAAAGUGUUUUUGAAAAUACAACCUUACAAGCUGAAAAGUCUAGCUAAGAGGCUGAAUCAAAAACUAAGCCCCUGGUUUUACAGUCCAUUUGAGGUCAUGGAUAAGAUCAACCCAGUGGCUUACAAGUUAAAACUGCUAGAAGGUUGCAAGAUACACCCGGUAUUUCAUGUCUCUUUGCUGAAAAAAGUCGUGGCCCCUAAUAUUCCUACUCAGCCUCUACCAGGAUGUUUGACUGAAGACUGGGAACUCCAAACACAACCUGCACAAGUGCUGGAAUCUGGAUGCUAGAGAAAACGCCAAUGGGAGCA